AAGGCGAGAGCGUUACUUUCGUCCUGCCUAACCUAGUAUCGCGCACUCUACCGGCAAGCAAACUACUCGAUUGCAGUCGUCGAGGCGUCAGCGGGACGAAAUCGCGAGAACGGUUGUACCAGAGACCCCUCGAAUGGCGUCUCUACGACUAGCUCUGAGAAGUCUCGGAGCUUCGCGGCUCUACAACCGACCUUUCGUUCGCUGGUGCAUUCCUUCGAGCAAGGUCCGAGCGUUCUCCACCAAGCUAUCGCCACCUUCCAAGGCCGUCGUCUACGAGCAGCACGGUCCUCCCGAUCAAGUUACCAAGGUGAUUGACCUUCCACCAGUUGAACUGGGAGCAAAUGAUGUGUGUGUCAAAAUGCUUGCAGCUCCAAUCAAUCCCUCAGAUAUCAAUAGGAUAGAAGGUGUCUACCCUGUAAGGCCUCAGGUCCCUGCAAUUGGAGGAUAUGAGGGGGUUGGGGAAGUUCAUGCAUUGGGAUCUGCGGUAAAUAGUCUCUCGGUGGGCGACUGGGUCAUACCAUCUCCUCCAUCUUUUGGAACAUGGCAAACAUACAUUGUAAAAGAAGAGAGCAUCUGGCAUAAAAUUAAUAAAAAUGUUCCUAUGGAGUAUGCUGCUACAGUUACUGUAAAUCCUUUGACUGCAUUGCUCAUGCUGGAAGACUUUGUCAAGCUGAACUCUGGUGAAAGUAUUGUGCAAAAUGGUGCUACUAGCAUCGUGGGUCAGUGCAUUAUUCAGCUUGCAAAAAUCCAGGGCAUCCGGAGUAUAAAUAUUAUUAGAGACAGGGCUGGCUCAGAAGAAGCUAAAGAAAAACUUAAGAGACUUGGUGCAGACGAGGUGUAUACUGAGAGCCAAUUGGAAGUGAAGAAUGUCAAGAGUCUCCUGGGAGAUCUGCCAGAACCCCUCUUAGGAUUAAACUGUGUUGGAGGAAAUGCUGCUUCUUUGGUCCUCAAGUUCUUGAGGCAGGGAGGUACUAUGGUAACUUAUGGUGGCAUGUCAAAGAAACCUAUCACCGUAUCCACUUCAUCAUUUAUUUUCAAGGAUCUCUCUUUGCGUGGGUUCUGGCUGCAGAAGUGGAUGAGCUCAGAGAAAGCAAAAGAUUGUAGAGAGAUGAUAGACUAUAUUUUGAGCUUGGUGCAAAGUGGAAAGUUAAAAUAUGAGAUGGAAUUGGUCCCGUUCAAUGAUUUCAGUGUGGCAUUGGGCAGGGCACUUGGGAAAUUAGGCAGCCAUCCCAAACAAGUUAUCAAAUUCUAAGCUAUGGAAACUCUCUUCUUGUGUUCAAGGAAAUUUUUCAAACAAUCAAUAAAAUCUGGGUCUCUUGUGAGGACAUGGUUGCUUCCUUUAGUUAUUUUGGGAAGUGCCUUGUGAGGCUAAUCCAUAUAGUUAUAACACAAGUGAUAAAGUUAUUUCGAGAAGUGUCUUGCUUCUUUUCUUGUAAAGACAAAGGUUUAUUUUUUGUGCAUGAUAAUUUGCUUCCUUCA